UGGGUCGCUCUCAGGAGUGAAUUCAAGCGUGGCACCGUGAUAGGUUGCCACCUGUGCAAUAAGUCAAUCCGUGAAAUUUCCUUUCUACUAAAUAUUCCACGGUCAACGGUUAAGGGUAUUAUAACAAACUGGAAGAAACUGGGAACAACAGUAACUCAGACAUGAAAUGGUAGGCCAUGUAAAUGACAUAGCGGGGUCAAUGCAUGCUGAAGUGCACAGUGUGUAAAAGGAACUCUUAAGGCAUCAGCACACGAAGACAAUUUGGACAAUUUCAUCCUCUCAACUUUGUGGAAACAGUUUGGGGAUGGCCCUUUC